GCAACGCCGUACAGUCUUCCACUGUCAAAAAAAAGAACUGAAACUAGAAGAGUAAACAAAUUGGUUGUUUUAAGUUAAUACAUACUGAAAAUAAAAAUUUAUGAUAAGGUGACCAUAAUGGCAACUAGUGUUUUUCGAAUAUUCAGCCGGUUUAAAGUUAAAUACAACCUUUCAAAUAGUACAUCUAUCUUUCGAAAUAAUGUAAUUACUACAAGUAGAAGAAAUAUCCAUACAACUUCAGUUCAAAAACAUGGAGAAUAUGAAUGGCAAGAUCCCAAAUCUGAAGACGAAGUGGUAAAUGUAACGUUUAUUACUAAAGAUGGUAGUCGAGUGGCAGUUAGGGGAAAAGUUGGAGAUAAUUUACUUUAUUUAGCUCAUAGAUAUGAAAUACCCAUGGAGGGAGCAUGUGAGGCGUCAUUGGCUUGCACAACAUGUCAUGUAUAUGUUCACGACAAUUUCUAUGAAGCAUUGCCAGCACCGGAAGAAAAGGAAGACGAUCUGUUAGAUAUGGCUCCAUUUCUAAAAGAAAAUUCUCGAUUAGGUUGUCAAAUUAUUUUGAGUAAAGAUUUAGAAGGUUUAGAAGUUGAGUUACCGAAAGCUACAAGAAACUUUUAUGUUGACGGUCACACGCCUAAACCUCAUUAAAAUGUUCCUUAUUGGUAUUUUGCUAGAAAUACUUGUACAGAGCCAUAUAUGUCCAAAAACCUGAAGAUGGAAAGCUAUAUAGAUAAUAAACAACAAAGGAAAAUAAUAAAACUUCUAGUCAUUGAUUCAAAUCACUUAUUUUUCCAAAAUAUAAUAAUAAGUUGUUACAAAUAUAUUGCCACAUCUAUUUUGACUAAUAUUAAAACUAACAUAAAUAAAUCUACCUAAAAGAAACACAAAAGGCAGAAGAUGAAAAAUGAAGACAUACAAAUUCACUGUUAAAAAAUUAAAUAAAAAUAAAUCAUAAAUAUAUACAGAAAGAUAAUAAAAAAUAAUGAAUGAAACAAAACAAGAUGAAGAAUAUAGUCAUUUGUCUACUAAUAAAUUGUGUGCAAUUCUUUUACAUUCAAUUUGCUUUUAGGUCUUUCUUUAUUUUUUUCAAUUUUCAAGGCUAAAAAGGCACAUUUAUUGUUAUAUCAUAAGGCAACACUCUAAUUAGGCAAUAUAUUUUAGGCAUUUUUACUCUAUAAAAAAAACUAAUACCUACCAUAAGAAGAAAGACCUUUAAAACUGAAAGAAAAAAAAAAUGUUAUUACAAUAAUUUUUUCAAAUAUUUCAACAGGUACCUAACAAUAGUACUCGCUACAGUAUAAUUUGAUCUAAAUACGAAUAUUUGUUCAUGUUUGUUUAAAUUAAAUUCAUACACUAAACUAAAUGACUACACAAAAAUAAAUUCAGUAGUAUGUUUCUUUUCGAUACCAGCCUUGAGGAUUUUUCCUGAUUCUCCAUUUUCUGAAUUCGUCGAAUAUAAAAAUGAAAAGGGCAAACGGAAUAGAAUAAC